AUGUUUCCUCGAAUGUGGCCCGCCAUGUUCAACGACGAUGACUUGUUCGGUUUUGGAGGAAUGCACAGGGCUAUGCACCGUCAGUUUCAAGAAAUGGAUCGCAUGAUGAACUCCAUGAUGGAUCCAUUCGGAAUGUUAGGAGGAAUGGGCAUGCUCGAGGAGGACUUGCAAGAGCGCGCUAUGAACGAUCCGAAUUCUCAUGUUUACUCACAGUCAACUAUGGUGACAUUUGGUGGCGACGGACAACCUCGCGUUGUAGAAAAUUCUGUACGAAAAAGUGGCGAUGUGAAGGAGACGAGGAGAUCACUUCGUGACGGUACACGAGAGGAAAUGGCCAUCGGUCACACAAUAGGCGAUCGAACACACAUUAUUGAGAAGAAACGGGACAAAGACGGCAAUGUUCGUCGUCAGCAGCGAUUUGUGAAUCUCGACGAAUCUGCUGCAGAGGACUUUGAUCGUGAAUUCCAGUCAAGAGCGAGAGCAAAUAUGGGGUACAGUAAUAAUGGAAGACGCGCCCUUGGUGAUGGUCUACACGGUGGUUAUCGUCAUCAUUCCGCGGAUGCUGGAGGUUCCGGAUCCAGGGACAGUGCUCCUAUCAUAACAUUACCUGAAGAAGAUGACGAGGAAGAGGAGAGAAAUCUGAGACGCCCCGCUCGCGCGCACCGGUCUGAUGGUGGUCAUACUGGUCCUGUCAUUCGUGAAAUAAGUGAAGAGGAAGCUGAGUCGAGUAUUCCGAAACGCCGUCGAGGAUUCGGUGGAUUCUUCCGUGCUAAUGACGAAUAA